AUGGACUACCACCAGGCGUUCGUGGGCCAGAGGACGACGCCGCUGCAGGUGCUGGAGGCCGCCCUGGCCGCCAUCGACGAGCAGCCGCCGGAUCUGCGCGUGUUCGCCUCGCUGGCGGACCGUGGCGCGCUGCGGCGCGAGGCCGAGGAGUCUGGCAGGCGAUACGCCGCAGGCAGAGCGCUGUCCGAGUUCGACGGGGUGCCGGUCGCCGUCAAGGACAUGGUGCGCGUUGCAGGUCUGAACUGCACGUUCGGGACUCACCCGUCGUUCGGCACUGGCCCAGAUACGCAGGACGAUAUCGUGGUCGCCAGGCUGCGCCAGAAGGGGGCGAUUGUGCUGGGCCUCACGGUGAUGACCGAGCACGGAACCAGUCCACUGGGCUACUCUGUGCACAGCCGCGCUCCUGUGAACCCUUAUAGCCGACGCCACUACUCGGGGGGCUCGUCGAGUGGCUCGGGCGUGGGGGUCGCGCUGGGACUCUUUCCAGUGUCCCUUGGCUUCGACGGCGGUGGUUCCAUCCGCAUCCCCAGCGCUAUGUGUGGCAUCGUCGGCCUGAAGUGCACCUGGGGCCGCGUCCCCAUCGACGGAUCAGUCUGUUGCCAGGUCAACGUGGCGCCAGGGCCGAUGGCGGCAUCCGCUGUUGACGCGGCGUUGUUUUAUCAGGUCAUCGGCUCCGCUGCGCGGGACCACUACUACCAGAGGCUCUACGGCGGCGCGGAGCCUCCGCCCGCGCACUGCUCGGGCAUCGGCCGCAUCGAGGACCUCGGCGACCUCCGCCUCGGCGUGUUCUGGGAGUGGUUCGAGGACUGCCAGCCGGAGGUGCUGUCCUUGGUCAGGGAGGCCCUGCGCUUCCUGCAGUCCAGGGGCGCGCAGGUGGUGUCGGUGAAGAUCCCUCACCUGGAGGUCCUCUCUCUGGCGCACGCCGUCAGCAUCUCCGCCGACUUUACCACCCAGCACGAGCACCAGGCGUUCGACGCCCCGUGGACGCUGGAGCCGGCUACGACGAUUCAGCUGGCCAUCGGCAGCGCGUGGUCGGGCGUGGAGGUCAAGUCCGCGGACUGGUUUCGGGCCUGGAUGUGCGACUUCCUGCAGCGGCUCUUCGACGAGCAGCAGCUGAGCGGGCUCUUCAUGCCUACGAUGGCCUGCCUGCCGCCCGAGCUCCCCGCUGCAGCCAGGGACACUGGCGAGAGCAACACCUCGCUCGUCAUGCAGCUCAUGAAGUUCAUCGGCCUCGCCAACUUCUGCGGGCUGCCAGCCGUCUCGAUGCCCGUCGGGCUGUCGCCUGGCGGGCUCCCGGUGGGCGCGCAGCUCGUGGCCAGGCACUGGGACGAGCACAUCUGCCUCCGCGUGGCCAACGCCCUGGACGUGGACCAGUUCAGGAGCGUGCCGCCAGGCCACGUCGAUCUCCUCGCCCGCGCGGGGGCGGCUGGCCAGGCAAGCUGCUGA